AACAAAGUUUUUUUGUUUAGGCUCAAAUAAUAACUAAUACAGAUAUAAAAGAUUUUUUUAUAGUUUAUGUUAAUAUAGCAGAUGGGAGAAAAUUUGGAUUUAAAGAAAUUCAAACCAAUUCACUAUACUAUAGCUGGUGCCACAUCUGGUGCUUUAACCCGAAUUAUCAGCCAGCCUCUUGAUGUUUUAAAAAUACGCUUUCAAAUAAGAUCAGCUAAGAUAGAAAAUGCAAAUAGUAACAGUUUAAUUAGAACAGUAAAACUGAUCUAUGUAAAUGAAGGUCUUUUUGCAUUUUGGAAAGGUCAUGUUCCUGCUCAAGCGCUUUCAAUUACCUUUGGAUCUUUCAUGUUUACGUCAUAUGAAAUUUUGCAUUCAUCAAGGUUUUUAUCUGAAAUAACUGUAUAUCCUUCAGCAUUAGAUUUUGUGUGUGGAGGGCUUGCUGGUAUGUUUGCAUCAACAGCUUGUCAGCCAUUUGAUGUUAUACGAACCAGAAUAGUUGCUCAGGAUCAAGCAUUAAAGGUAAAACGAAUUUUACUAAGUUCUUCUGCAUCUCUUUAUAAAGAAAAUGGAACAAAAGGAUUUUUUAGAGGUUUAUUACCCACUUUACUUGCAAUAUUUCCUUACAAUGGUAUAAACUUUGCGUUAUAUGGAUCGUUUAAAAGAGCUUGGCUUUUAUUUUCGAUAGAAAAUAAAGAGACUAAUGUUUCACGUCUUUGUUGUGGAGCACUUAGUGGUCUUGGAAGUAAACUAAUCCUUCUACCAUUUGAUACAGUAAAAAAGCAUUUGCAAGUUCAAGGUUUGAAUGAUUAUACUAAUGAGUACAGAGGAAUGUUUCACUGUUUUAAAUAUUUAGUGAAGAAGAAAGGAUUCAUAAUACUGUAUAGUGGAACAUUUCCUGCAGUUUUAAAAUCUGUGGUUGUUGUGGCAACAAGCUUUGGUUUCUAUGAGCUUAUUUGUGAUAUGCUUAAUUAUAUUGACCCCUAAUUAAUAUUUUUUAGAUAUUAUUUAUAUACAAUUUCUAAUGAAAUAAA